CAGGGGGUUAGGAAAGUGCAUCUAGGAUGAGGGGAGGUUUCGUUUUAGCUGUCCUAACUGUCCUAUGUCAUGGGCAUGUUUUAAGGCAAGAUGAAAUAGAGCUGGAAUGGUGGGAAUCGACGAUAUUCUAUCAAAUUUAUCCCAGAUCGUUUGCAGAUAGCGAUGGUGAUGGCAUUGGUGAUCUAAAGGGAAUAACAUCAAAACUGGAGUACAUCAAAGAAAUUGGGGCGGGAGCUGUGUGGCUUUCACCGAUCUUUCAAUCGCCAAUGUACGACUUCGGUUACGAUAUAUCUGACUUUUACGCUAUUCACGAUGAAUUCGGAACAAUGGAAGACUUUGAAGAACUUCUUACUAAAGCUGACAGCCUUGAUAUAAAAAUUGUACUAGACCUUGUACCAAAUCACACAUCAAACGAAAGUAUUUGGUUUCAAGAAGCACUCAAAGGAAAUGAAAAAUAUUACAACUAUUUCGUUUGGGAAGACGGUAUCAUUGAUGAGAAUGGAGAAAUGCAACCACCUAACAAUUGGCUAAGCCACUUUCGCGGUAGCGCUUGGGAAUAUAAAGAAGAAGUUGGAAAAUACUAUUUGCAUCAAUUUGUAGUGGGACAGCCGGAUCUAAACUAUCGCAACCCAGACGUUGUCGAAGAAAUGAACAAUGUAAUCCGAUUUUGGCUCGACAAAGGCGUUGCUGGCUUUAGGGUUGAUGCUGUGAACUGUUUAUUUGAAGUCGACAAAGAUAUGUUUGGUGGCAAAUAUCCCGAUGAACCUUUCUCAGGUCGGACUGAUGUAGAUCCGGAAUCCCAUGAUUACCUUAGUCAUAUUUAUACGAAGGAUCAAAACGAAACGUAUUAUAUGGUAUAUCAAUGGAGAAAUGUAUUCGAUGAGAUUGCUGCAAAGGAUGGCUUACCCCGAGUUAUGAUGACCGAAGUAUACGCAAGCAUCCAGGAUGUGGUCAAAUAUUUUGGUGAAGGUGAUCAAAUUGGGGCCCAGGUGCCAUUUAAUUUUGAUUUGAUUACUGAUGUCGAUGCUUCAUCGUCAGCCGCAGAUAUGAAAAGGGCUAUUGAUAAAUUCUUAACAUAUAAGCCUUUAGAAAAGAAACCUAACUGGGUGGUGGGAAACCAUGAUCAAAGUAGAAUGGCAACGCGGUAUGGUUCUUCUUUAGUCGAUGGCAUUAAUAUGAUCGUUCUACUCUUACCCGGUGUUGGAGUAACAUAUAUGGGUGAGGAAAUUGGACUGGUUGAUGGGUACGUAAGCUGGGAAGAUACCGUGGAUCCAUCUGGCUGCAACACGAACGAUCCCAUCAACUAUGUGACGUCAUCCAGAGAUCCUGAACGAACUCCGUUCCAAUGGAAUGCUGAAAAGAAUGCUGGAUUCUCAACAGCAGAUAAGACCUGGCUUCCAGUUGCUGAAGGCUACGAGACAUUGAAUGUAGAAGUACAAAAAGCAGCUGAAAGAUCCAAUUUGAAAGUAUACCAAGCGUUAGCUGAUUUGCGACAAGACAGUGUGUUUAGAUAUGGACGAUAUGAUUCUCUGGCGAUCAAUCAUGAUGUCUUUGCUUUUAGAAGAUGGUACAAAGCAGAUACUUACAUCGUUCUAGUUAACAUGAGGGACAUGUCACAUGAAGUGGACUUAACCUACUUUGAAAACGUUACCGGCGACGUCAGUGUCGUUAUCAGAAGCGUACACUCACCAAAGAGUGAAGGGGAUGUUUUUGAUGCAUCAACUGUACCCGUAGCCCCAUAUGAAGGAAUCGUGCUUAAGUUAUUAUAAAUUUAAUAAAGUUUUAUUAUUGAAAUGUU